UCGGCGGGAGCAGCGCGCCGCCGCCGCCGCAGCAUGAGGCGGGUCACGCUGUUCGUUAACGGCAGCCCCCGGAACGGGAAGGUUGUGGCUGUGUAUGGGACUUUAUCAGAUUUGCUGUCUGUGGCUAGUAACAAGCUUGGAAUAAAAGCAACCAGUGUUUACAAUGGAAAAGGUGGCCUCAUUGAUGAUAUCGCUUUGAUUAGGGAUGAUGAUGUUUUGUUUGUCUGUGAAGGGGAACCAUUCAUUGAUCCUCAGACUGAUGGGAGACUUCAUGAAGAGCUGACAGGGUCACACACAGAUUGGUUAACGCUCAACGUUGGAGGCAGAUACUUCACCACUACACGGAGCACUUUGGUUAAUAAAGAACCUGACAGUAUGCUGGCCCACAUGUUUAAAGAUAAAGAUGCUUGGGGAAAUAAGCAAGAUCAUAGAGGAGCUUUCCUAAUCGACCGCAGCCCAGAGUAUUUUGAGCCAAUUCUGAACUACCUGCGUCACGGACAGCUCAUCGUAAAUGAUGGCAUUAACUUGCUAGGUGUGUUGGAAGAAGCCAGGUUUUUUGGUAUCGAUUCACUAAUUGAACAUCUAGAAAUAGCUAUUAAGAACUCACAGCCAGCUGAGGAUCAUUCUCCUAUAUCUCGAAAGGAGUUUGUCCGAUUCCUGCUGGCAACCCCAACCAAGUCUGAGCUGCGAUGUCAGGGUCUAAAUUUCAGUGGAGCAGAUCUUUCACGUCUAGAUCUUCGAUACAUAAACUUCAAGAUGGCCAACCUGAGCCGCUGCAACCUGGCACAUGCCAACCUGUGCUGUGCGAACCUGGAGAGAGCUGACCUCUCUGGAUCAGUGCUUGAUUGUGCAAACCUUCAAGGGGUAAAGAUGCUGUGUUCCAAUGCAGAAGGAGCAUCUCUGAAGGGGUGUAAUUUUGAAGAUCCAUCAGGCCUUAAAGCCAAUUUGGAAGGUGCCAACCUGAAAGGUGUUGACAUGGAAGGCAGUCAGAUGACAGGAAUCAACCUGAGAGUUGCAACACUGAAAAAUGCAAAACUAAAAAACUGUAACCUUAGAGGAGCAACCUUGGCAGGAACUGACUUAGAAAAUUGUGACCUAUCAGGUUGUGAUCUACAAGAAGCAAACCUGAGGGGAUCUAAUGUCAAAGGAGCUAUCUUUGAAGAGAUGCUGACACCUUUGCACAUGUCUCAGAGCGUCAGAUAGGGAUGAGAAUGUGCCCAAGAGGAAGGAAACAAAAGAUUCAUUGUGACUUUCUUCACCUCCUCCCCUUAUUACAUUAGAAGUAAUGGUUAUUAGACAACUUACAUUUGCAGUAGUGCCUAAGUAAACUCUUCUUUGGUCACUUUCAGGGGAGGGAGCUUUUGUUUCAAGAGGUAGAAACAGCUGCUGCUUCUACCUCUGAACAGAGUGAGGAAGCGAGCUGGUUACAGAGCCAGAAUGUGGGACUGGUUUGGCAAGGGAGUGUUAAAUAGAUUCCUUGUUCUGCAUUGCCUCCCUUUGGAAUGCAUUUUAAUUUAUAAAGCACAAUAUAUGCAAUUCUAUUUAUUAAAUCUGUAGCUGCAAUAUGAAUAGAAAAUGUUGUUCAUGUAUAGUAGCAACAAAGUUCAGGUUUACAGUUAGACUAGUGGAUUUACAGUUAGUUCCUUCAUUCAUGCACAGUGUGUGAAGUGGCAGAUGUGGCUUAGACAAUAUCCCAGGAUGUUUUCAGGUACUCUUUUCUUCUGGGGUGAGAGCAAGUCAUCAUAGGUAAUAGAUUGCCUUGGAGUAGUUUGAAUGCAGGUGUAGAACAGCUUGGUCAUCUUCUAAAAUGUGCAGUGGAAGCUGCUGCUGCUGAAGGGAUGUGCCUGCACAGCAAAUCUAUUCACAACUGAAACAUCCCUGCUCAGAAGGAUGUCUUAUUUAAUCCUUUCCAAAUGAGUGUGAAAUUGCGCUGUCAAUCACAGCUGGUGAGGAAAUGUCUCUUGCUUUCAAAUGUCUUGGUCACUCCACAGGGGAGUACCUGUAGAUUUCUUCAUUCUUAUGGGGAAUUAAAUGUACAUAGGAAAAUAGAACAGUCACCAAAGCAGAGCUAAGCACUGGGGCCACAGCACAUGCUCCAUCCUCCAGUCAUUACUCCAGUGUAUGAGUAAGUGGCACCUGUUUCUCCUCACUGUACUAUGCAAAUGCCCUUGUACACAGAAUCCUUGAAAGCAUGAGUGUAAUCCUUUCCCAGCCAGCUCUUAGUACUCCACUUUGGGCCUGCUUACAGUGGCUUAAAAACAUCUUCUGUAGGGCCAAAUGCCACAGCUGCUUUACCUGUGAGCAAGGAGGGAGCCACAUGACUCCUGCAGUCCAGAAAGCCUCCUGGCCUCUCUGGACCUGGUGGUACACUUCAUUGAAUCAGCUGUUUUCCACUCCAGUCUCCAUCUAGUUCUCAUCUAACACAACAUUCAUGUUAUACACAAUCCAAAAAGCACAUGAAACUAUGCCAAAAAAAAAAUCAAAGGUGCAUCAAGAACUCUUUUACCUCAGAUGUUAACUUAAACCACCCCAAAGUUAAAACUAACCUUGAGUCUAAGGAAAUACUGCUGGUGCUGGGAGUUCAGAACCAGUGUAUCCUAAACCAUAGUGACUGGGACACUGGUAGCAGUGGUUUGAGGCUGUUACUGCAGGGGCUUGUCUUUUACUUGCAGUGCAGAGUUCCUGUCCUCUGAACAGCAGUCUCAGUGGUGCAGGAGUUGGUACAAAAAUGCUGCUUGGCCAUCAGUCUAGAAAGAUUCAUUGAGGACCAGUGUGAUGUGUUUGGGGGGGAAGUGCAGGAUUCUCCCUUAUUUGCAACUUGGGUUGACUCAGGCAUUUGCCAUGAACUUGCAGGAUGCAAAAUCCCACAGCCACGUGAUACCAAACUGGGAUUGCAGUCCUGCAGAGUCCCAGGCCUCUCCAUCUGGCUGUAGGACAACACCCUGUCCUUGGUGAAACAGCUACAGAGUCAAGGGAAAGAUCUCAGUGGGAAUUCAGAGUCCCUUCUCUCACCUCAUCGCCUUCACUGAGUGGCAGUAAAAGAUGAUUCCUAGGGCUAGAGAAACAAAUGAAUUAUUUUUCUUUAUCAUAUUUUGUAGCUGGCAGAAGCAAAAUAUUGUAUGGAAAGAAAUCUAUUUUCAUAAUCACUGUGUAUAAAAUCUAUUUGAACUUUCACUGAAGCACUAUGUUUUGAAUAAUCACAGCAUGUGUCAUCAUUCACUCACAGAUGAAUUUUCAAGUACCUCUUUGGCUGUGACAAAGCUGUGGCCUAUUCAGAAAUUGCAGGUUCCAGCCUCAUUUAAAUUGCAGGAAUAAAAGUGUGAAACAUCAAA